AUGAUUGAGCGUGUCAUCGUUGCGCUUGACCGCUACCUCAUGUUGGACACCGCCUGGGAUAUCCGGACGGCCUGGCUUGAAAAGGCUCGUUCGAGGCCAAUAACAGAUCUUGCCGCCAUUGACGAGAUGGUGGCAUUGGGCGCAGGAGAGAGAGAAAUCCAGAGUCGCAUAGACAGCCUGUAUGCUCGGUGGUUCGCUACUACAGGGAACUCCGACCCUUUGACCGGAACAGACACUGUUCUCAUCAUACCUGCUCUAGAAGAGAAGCAUGCAUCAGAUCAAAAGAAAACAGCCGACAUAUCAGCACUUUCCCGCAAUUUCGGGGUCGAAUAUGCUGACUUUCUCGCCAUGCCACUUGGAACCGAGGAGCAGCCUACUUGGGGUUGCGGCGCCAUGGACUACAGCCAAGUGUGUCACCAGAAUCAGGUAAAUGCGGUCUGGGCUGAGCUGCGACACCGUGGAUAUGCGGAUCCAAGGAACUUCUUCGACCUGGCUCGACUGGAGGCGUCUCCCAUAUCAACCUAUAUCGACGAACUGUACUAUUGGAACCCAAUCUACGCGAUGAUCGGUCAGGAUCAUGAAACAUGUGAGAUCGACGCGGUCUACACCGAGAGAUAA